AUGAAGACCGACUUUAAGUUUUCCAACCUCUUGGGGACGGUCUACCGCCAGGGCAAUUUGCUCUUCACGCCCGAUGGCACCUGCUUGCUCUCGCCAGUAGGCAAUCGAGUCUCGGUCUUUGACCUGGUGCAAAAUACCUCAUAUACCCUUCCCUUUUCACACCGCACGAACAUCGACCGCCUCGAUCUAUCGCCUCGAGGGAAUCUUCUGCUCACCGUUGACGAGACCGGCCGGGCAAUCCUGACCAAUUUCCAACGUCGCAUUGCCAUCCACCACUUUUCCUUUAAAGCUCGCGUGACUUCCCUCAAAUUCUCCCCGUCGGGUCGGCAUUUCGCGGUGGGCGUGGGGAGACGCCUGCAGAUCUGGCAGACCCCCUCCACCCCCGGCACCGAGACCAAUGGCGAGAUUGAAUUCGCUCCGUUCGUCCUACACCGAGAUCUGGCCGCACACUUCGACAAUGUCCACACUAUUGAGUGGUCAAGCGAUUCGCGCUUCCUGCUUACUGCGUCCAAGGAUCUAACGGCGCGAGUUUGGAGUUUGGAUCCUGAGGAUGGAUUUGAGCCGACCACCUUGGCCGGCCACCGACAAGGCGUGGUUGGUGCAUACUUUAAUGCGAACCAAGAUACAAUCUACACCGUGAGCCAAGACGGGGCCCUUUUCCGCUGGGAGUAUGUGACCAAGAAAGACCCGGAAACAGAUGAGGACAUUGCGGAAGCCCGGUGGAGGAUUGUCAAGAAGGACUUCUUCCUGCAGAACGAUGCCAAAGUUAACUGCGCUGCGUUCCACGCAGCCUCCAACUUGCUGGUGGUGGGCUUCUCGAACGGCCUUUUCGGCCUGUACGACCUGCCAGAGUUCAACAUGAUCCAUCUUCUCAGUGUCUCCCAGAGCAAUAUCGAUGUCGUGACUAUCAACCAAUCCGGAGAGUGGCUCGCAAUGGGGUCGUCCAAGCACGGGCAGUUGCUGGUGUGGGAGUGGCAAUCAGAAUCGUAUAUUUUGAAGCAGCAGGGUCAUCUUGAUUCCAUGAACGCUCUCGUUUAUUCACCGGACGGACAGAAAAUUGUCACCACUGCCGAGGACGGCAAGGUCAAGGUUUGGGAUGUCAAAUCAGGCUUCUGUAUCGUGACCUUCACAGAGCACUCAAGCGGAGUAACCGCAUGUGAGUUUGCCAAGAAGGGUAACGUUCUGUUCACUGCUUCUCUCGACGGUUCGAUCCGAGCCUGGGAUCUGAUUCGGUAUCGCAAUUUCCGGACCUUUACUGCACCCUCCCGUCUGUCGUUCUCUUCGCUAGCUGUGGACCCAAGCGGCGAGGUGGUCUGCGCUGGCUCACCAGACUCUUUCGACAUCCAUGUAUGGUCUGUGCAGACCGGUCAAUUGCUGGAUCAACUUUCCGGCCACGAGGGUCCCGUGUCCAGCCUUGCAUUUGCCGCCGAUGGUAACCAUCUGGUAAGUGGCAGCUGGGAUCGCACCGUGCGUAUCUGGAGCAUUUUCGGCCGCACACAGACUAGUGAGCCUCUCCAGCUCAUGUCUGACGUUUUGAGUGUGGCUUUCCGGGCCGACGGGAAGCAGGUCGCAGCUUCUACUCUGGAUGGCCAGCUUUCAUUCUGGAAUGUCAACGAUGCUAUCCAGGAGGGUGCCGUGGAUGGCCGCCGUGACGUUUCUGGAGGUCGGAAGGUAUCCGAUCGCCAAACCGCCGCGAAUGCCGCGGGAACUAAAUCGUUCAAUCGAAUCACCUACAGCGCCGAUGGCAGCUGCAUUCUGGCUGCCGGCAACAGCAAAUACAUUUGUCUGUAUGAUGUGGGCACGGGGUCACUCAUCAAGAAAUACACGGUGUCGGUGAACUUGUCCCUGGAUGGUACUCAGGAGUUCCUGAACAGCCGCAAUCUCACCGAGGCCGGCCCUCGCGCCCUCAUUGAUGAAACCGGUGAAGCGUCAGACAAGGAGGACCGCAUUGACCGCACCCUGCCCGGUGCGAAACGUGGUGAUGCUGGAGCUCGCACUACACGGCCCGAGGUACGAGUGAUGUCGGUCGACUUUUCACCAACUGGUCGCGCCUUCUGUGCUGCAUCUACGGAGGGUCUCCUUAUUUAUAGCUUGGACACGGACUUUGUCUUCGAUCCCUUCGAUCUGGAUAUUACCAUCACGCCAUCGACGAUUCUUGAGACUCUUGAAGCCGCAAAGACGGCGUCUGCGACCAACACCGUGGAUGAUGAUAACACAUUCUUGAAGGCUUUGAUCAUGGCAUUCCGCUUGAACGAAUCCAAGCUCAUGCGCGCCGUGUACGAGGCGAUCCCUCCUCAAGAUAUCCCACAUGUGGUCCGUUCCGUCCCGACGGUCUAUCUGGCCCGCUUGCUUCGCUUUGUGGCGCACGCAGCCGACGAAACCCCCCACCUCGAAUUCAACUUGAUGUGGAUCGAGUCUCUCUUCAGCUGCCACGGUCGAUACUUCAAAGACAACUCGGGCACAUUCGCUCCCGAGCUGCGUGCCGUCCAGCGUGCCGUCGAUGACAUUCGGGAGAAUCUCAAGCGGUUGACAGAGAAGAACCUCUACGAUCUGAAUUACCUUCUGUCCAAGCCUGUCCUGGCUGAUAAGAAGCCCGCUGCUACUUUAUUGGCGCUGACUUCUGGUGAAGCCGAAGACGCCGAAGAGCAGAUGGACGUAGCCGACGAUGGAGAGGGCGAGUGGGUUGGUCUUGAAUGA